UUGCCUAACCAUAUACAACUUCCGAACUUAACCUUAAAAAUAUAUUCGCUAGCAUUAUUUAAAAUCUUUUGCAUUGUUACUUUCGUAUUGAAAUUAAUGUUUUAAUAUAGGUCGUUAUGUCUCUUCUUCGUAGAGCACAGCAAUGGGCUACAUUUACACGUAUGUGGCAUAUUUAUGAUGCAAAAUGGCAAGAUCCGUAUAAAAGUGCACCUUUGAUAAAGUAUUACCUCAUGGGUUUAUAUAAACCCAUAUAUCAUCCGCAAAAUGAUUGCGGCGACCAUGUUGUAGUAAUAAAUAGCAAAGAAAUUGCAUUAGCAGGGGACGAAUGGCAAAGACGUGUAUAUUUUCAUCAUACUGGUUACCACGGAGGUGCAAGUUGGACGCUUGCCUGGGAAUUACAUAGCAAAGAUCCAACAAUGAUCGUGAAGAAAGCAGUUUAUUCGUCGAUGGAUGGAAAUUUACAACGGCGUCAUACCAUGCAAAGAUUGCACAUUUUUCCUGACGAAAAUAUACCCGAAGACAUGUUAGAAAACGUUACUAACCAAAUAAAACAUUUACGACCUGUUCCAGCUAGAUUGGAUCAUAUUCCAGAAAUAGAAAAAGAUAACUUCCCGCGUCUGCUAAACUAUCCUAUCGAUCACCAGCUUAAAUAAAACGAUAUAAUGAUUAAAUAUGUAAACUAAUUAAGCAUUUUAAAAGUAUCACCUUUUUUUUAUCAUACGAAUAUUAGAAGCAGCAAAUCAAUUUCAGAAGAGUAAUAAGUAACAUAGCAUUGUUAUUCAAUACAUUUUAUUAUU